CAAUAAGAGGUAGCGUGGGUGAGGUGGGAGCCACAAAGCCAACGGAGGAGCAGCCAUGGCGGGGUCUCUGCGAUUCGCCGUUCUCUUCCUCGCCACCGCAGCGAGCGCCUCCGCUGCAUCGCUGGGUGUGGUCACGACCGAGUGGGGCAACGUGGAGGGACGUCGCGUCUCCACGGGCCUCCUCUCCUCCGUCGACGUCUUCAAGGGAAUCCCCUUCGCCGCUCCUCCGCGCCCCUUCAGCAAACCCGAGCCGCACGCGAGAUGGGGCGGUACCCUGAAGGCCUACAACUACCGCGACCGCUGCCUGCAGGCUACCCUGAGCCAGACGGACACGCGGGGGUCUGAGGACUGCCUCUACCUCAACAUCUGGGUGCCGCACGGCGUCAAAGUGUCAAAUGACCUGCCCGUGAUGGUGUGGAUCUACGGGGGCGCGUUCAUCUUCGGCUCAGGCCAAGGCGCCAGCUUCCUCGACAACUUCCUCUACGACGGCCAGGAGCUGGCUGACCGUGGCAAGGUCAUCGUGGUGACCUUCAACUACCGUCUGGGGCCAUUGGGCUUCCUCAGCACGGGCGACGAGCACGGGCCCGGUAACUACGGACUGUGGGAUCAGCACGCGGCCAUCAAGUGGGUGAAGAGGAACAUCCGCGCGUUCGGUGGAGACCCCGACAACAUCACCAUCUUCGGAGAGUCCGCGGGGGGCGCCAGCGUCUCCCUGCAGAUGCUGUCUCCGGUCAACCAUGGCAUCAUCCGUCGCGCCAUCAGUCAGAGUGGGUCGGCCCUUGCUUCGUGGGCCGUAGAGAGGGACCCGCUAUCCUGGGCCAUCAAGGUGGCCGAGGUGGUGGGCUGCCCGACGGACGACUCGGCGCGCCUCAUGGGCUGCCUGCGCAUCAGCAACCCCGUGGACGUGGUGCACGCCAUAAAACUCGUCAUGCCCUCCACCACGGGUCCCUUGGUGGACUCUUUGGCGUGGAGCGCCGUGGUGGACGGCGACUUCCUGCCCGAGGAGCCGCACCUCCUCAUGGGCAACGCGGCGCGGAUCGACUACAUGGCGGGCGUCAACAACAUGGACGGACACCUCUUCGCAGGCAUGGACGUGCCAUUCAUCAACACUAAGGACAAGACCACCAGGAUGGACAUCUACAAAUUGGCCAUGGGCUUCGCGAAGGGCCACCGUGACGUGGGCUUGGAGGUGUCGAACCACUACUCGCACGACCAGCAGGUGGCCGAUUUCUCGGAGGAGGCAGCGCGCGCCGUCGUGGAGCUCGAGACCGACUUCCUCUUCGUCGUGCCCUGCCAGAGCCUCCUGCGGAUGCACUCGCAGCACUCCACGGACCCGAAUUAUGGGGGCACGGCGGUGCCCACACACUGGCCGGUCUACGACGCGAACACAGAGCAGUACCUGGACAUCACCAGCAAAAUAGACUACAGCUCCGUCAAGCAGCACCUGCGCCGCGAAUACAUGGAUUUCUGGAUCGACGUCAACUCGAGAUACCACCAAUUGGGCACCGAGAGCCCGUCUCAACCCGCGACUGAGCCUAGCACAUCCACGGAAGCGUGAUCUUCCGCUUGUGCUGGCCGCGUCCGCAGACACGCGUGCGUGCGUGCACAAGGAACACACACGAGGGACACGCUCACACGGGCCACACACACACGCACGGUACACACACACGGGACACACAUACACGGAACACACAAGGAACACACACACACACACACAUGGUAAGCACACUCACACGGUACACUCACACGGUACACUCACACGGGACACACACACACACGGGACACACACACGGCACACUCACACGGGAUAUGCACACGGGACACACACACUCACAUGGUAAGCACACUCACACGGCACACACACACACACACGGUAAGCACACACACGCGGGACACACGCAAGGAACACACACGGGACGCACACACACACAGUAAGAUCACUCACACGGGACACACACAAGGAACACACACACACACACGGGGGACACCAAGACAAUAGGAAGACACGAUCAUGGAACGUAGUGUUGAGUCGAUGGCGUGUGGUGAGCGUGCA